AUGAUCUCAUUCAUUUGGGGACUGGCCUUUUUCAUUGGCAUCUUGAGCCCGGGAACUAUAGGAUUGAAGUUUGGGCCACAUCACCGGCAGACCCUCUUAGGCAAUCAUUCCCUCCCGAAGGUACCCCCAAGGUUCCAUGGCAGCUUUGAAGACCUCAGAUCUACUGAAAAAGCCUCUGUUGAAGAACUAAGCAGUGAAAGUUCUCAAGAAGUCCAGAGGACACACCGCAACAUUCUGAACUUGCCACAGCGGGAUGCACAGGCCGAUGCCAACAACUACUUGGGACAGGAACGACGGAACCUAAUCUCAGCAAUCACAUCAUCAUCAAACUGCAGGAAUCGUCCAAUAGAUCUGGUGUUCAUCGUUGACAGCUCCCGCAGUGUGCGACCUGCUGAGUUUGAAAAAGCCAAGGACUUCCUGAUAGACAUGGUGGACACCCUGGAGAUCGGUUCAGAUGCCACCAGGGUGGGCCUUGUCAAUUAUGCCAGCACAGUGAAGAUUGAGUUUCUUUUGAAUACCUAUUUUGACAAGAAUUCCUUAAAACAAGCAUUGGCCCGUGUUGAGCCUCUCGCUUCUGGCACCAUGACGGGUGUAGCCAUUAAGGCCGCCAUGGACAAAGCUUUUAUUCCAGAGGCAGGGGCCCGACCCAGCUCCUUGAACAUUGCAAAAGUAGCUAUUAUAGUGACUGAUGGGAGACCCCAGGACCAAGUGGAAGAGGUAUCAGCAGCAGCUCGGGCAUCUGGAAUUGAAAUCUACGCAGUGGGAGUAGACAGGGCAGAUCUGAUGUCACUCCGCCUCAUGGCCAGCCAGCCUCUCGAAGACCAUGUCUUCUACGUGGAGACGUAUGGUGUCAUAGAGAAGCUCACUGGCAAAUUUAGGGAAACAUUAUGUGGAGUGGACGCUUGCUCUCGUGGGCAUAAUUGCCAGCAUAUUUGUGUCAGCGACGGUAACUCUUACAACUGUCAGUGUUGGGCUGGAUAUGUCUUGAACGCUGACAAGAGGACAUGCUCACGUCAAGACGCAUGUUCCCGUGGACAUGACUGCCAACAUAUUUGUGUCAACAGUGGUGACUCGUACGUCUGCAAAUGUGGGUUGGGGUACACCCUGAAUGCAGACAAAAAAACAUGCUCACGUUUAGAUGCAUGUGCCAGAGGGAAUGACUGCCAGCAUAUCUGUGUCAACAAUGGAAACUCCUACUAUUGCAGAUGUCAAGCAGGCUACGUACUGAAUAUGGAUCAGAAAACAUGCUCACGUCCUGAUGCUUGUGCUCUUGGACACAACUGCCAGCAUAUUUGUGUUAACAGCGGCGAUUCUUACAUUUGCAAGUGUCGUCCGGGAUACAUUUUAAAUGCAGACCAGAGAACGUGCUCACGUCCCGAUGCUUGUGCUCUUGGACACAACUGCCAGCAUACUUGUGUUAACAGCGGAGAUUCUUACAUUUGCAAGUGUCGACCAGGAUACAUUUUAAAUGCAGACCAGAGAACGUGCUCACGCCCAGAUGCUUGUGCUCUUGGACACAACUGCCAGCAUAUUUGCGUCAACAGCGGAGAUUCAUACAUUUGCAAGUGCCGUGCAGGGUAUAUUUUAAAUGCAGACCAGCGAACGUGCUCACGCCCGGAUGCUUGUGCUCUUGGACACAACUGCCAGCAUAUUUGUGUCAACAGUGGAGAUUCGUACAUUUGCAAAUGCCGUGCAGGAUAUAUUUUGAAUGCAGACCGGAGAACAUGCUCACAUGACCUUUCAGACCGAUUGAACCAGAUUGAGGACCAACAGCAGUAUUAA